AUGAGCUUCCAUCCCGACUCUCUUCCUGAUCUUGAUGGCAAGGUCUUCAUAGUCACGGGUGGGGCUAUUACACCGCAUCCCACCUCGCAGAACACGGCGCUCACGUUUACAUGUGUUCCCGAUCCCUAG